UAGUCGUUGGGUCGUUGGUGAGUAGUUCGCUGUGGCUGUGCUAACUAGUAACAUUACGGAGCAGCAUCGUAUUAGCGACGUGUUAUCGUGUGCCUUGUUGUUGUUUCACCAAAGGGGUUGUCCCCCUCGUACAUGCGGAUAUCCACUUUUGUCGUUACAGCCACCAGCAUAAUUAUGCUAGCACAGCAGCUGAAAUUUAGUAAAACCGUAUAGGGAAAGCGUCAGGCAUAACGACGACGCAGUCAGAGGAAGAAGUCGGGGAACGAUCGGGAGGAAGAGGUGGAAGAGGAGGAUUGAAGUGCAAGUGCGUGUCGUGUGUUUUGACGGUGUGCAAAAUGGUGGAGCCGAUAUUUGACUAUCAAUUUAGAUUGAUUCUCAUCGGUGAUAGCACUGUGGGCAAGAGCUCACUGCUCAAAUACUUCACCGAUGGAAAAUUCGCUGAGCUCUCGGAUCCAACGGUAGGAGUGGACUUUUUUGCUCGGUUGAUUGAAGUCAAAGAUGGCACAAGGAUCAAAUUGCAGCUUUGGGACACGGCUGGACAAGAACGGUUUCGGUCCAUAACGAAAUCAUACUACCGCAACAGCGUUGGCGCACUUCUCGUGUACGAUGUGUGCAAUCGCAAGAGUUUCGAGCAUAUACCUCAAUGGAUGAUGGAAGCACGUCGUCACAUCGAACCACAUCGGCCGGUAUUUUGUCUGGUCGGUUGCAAGCUUGACCUUGUAACAAAUGGUGGUCGACGCGAAGUUUCGAAAGAAGAAGCGAGAGCAUUUGCCGAUCAGUACAACGUUCAUCACGUGGAGACGAGUGCUAAGACCGGCUUGAAUGUCGAGGAGGCAUUCAGGACUGUAACUCAGGAGGUUUACAAUCGGAUACAGAAUGGCGAGUAUAAACUCGAGGACGGAUGGGACGGUAUCAAGACUGGAUUCGCCAGACCUGGCGGAUUGGACUUUAAUCUCGUCGAGGCUGAACCCGCUAAGAGUUCGUGCUGUUAAUUUGCUUUGCUUUUUAUUGUCGAUGACCGAUUUUUAGUUUGUCGUCUAAUCAUAUUAGUGAACGUUUAAUCGUUGGUUUGUUGUUGAACACGAUAAAUUGUCGAAAGUGUGCUUUUCGUUUCUUUUAUUUACUCUUCACAAAAAUCUGCCUAGCUGCCAUUAUAAAAUCUGCAGAUUCAUUGUUCGUUCGAUUUUUCUUUUGAAACUUUUCUAAUCUUUGUUCAGCGACGACUCGUUAUAUAAUUGCGUAAGAAUGCAUUGAAAGUUAUUCUCUUGACAAAAACUUUAGUGUAGUAAUUUUUUAGCUAAGACCAGAAAAAAACUGUUUUUGGAUUUUGUACUGUUUUUGUGUAUUUUUUAUUUUUAUUUAUUUUGUAUUGAAUUUAGAUCAAGAAAACGAUAUAUUUUUUUAGUAUUUAUAGUUUUUAUUAUCUGACAAUUAUUGUAUCGUUUUUAAAUCACUAAUGCAUUCUUGCAGCUACCAGAAAAAAACUAUGUUAUCAGAGACAUUAAUUGAAUAAGCAUGUAUAGGAUAAAUAUUCAUUUUUGUAUAUAGAUUGUAUAAAUAAAUUAAAUAAGAUUGUACACCUUUAGUAGAAAAGAUACAGAAAAAGAAAUAAACUUUGAUAUGUAAUUAAAUACUAUCUAAUAACAACUCGUGGUGCGUCUUAAAAACUUGAAAUUUUAAUACGCAUGUAUAUCAAGUUAAUUUUUUUAAAUAAAUGUUCAAAUUCGGUUAUUAGUCAUUUCUGUUACAUAAAUACUAUUGUUUUCAUGAGUUAUUUUUAAGAGUCAUCUUUAUAUUUUUAAGAAAACAAAUUGAAGUUACUAAUAAGUUUUUAUAUAAAAUAAUGUAAUAUGUAUGCAUUCAAAAAUAUUUUUCCAAAUAAUUCUUAAUCAUUUUACGACAUAUGCAUAAACUAUUUGACGUAGCAAUGGUUACUCAUUGCUUUAUGCGAUUUCACUGAAUUCAAUCAUGAAGAGUGAAUAAACUCGAUAAAAUCUAUUUUGUACUGCUUAUAAUUAUAAACAUUUUAAGCUACUAUAUUUUAUACCGAUUGAUCAUUGAUGCCAUUCAAAUUUCAUGUGAAAUUAAUGCGAGUAAAUUCAGAUAUGGAUGUGCGAGAGAAUAAGACAAUAUAUUGGUGCAGGUUGUACAUUCUUUUGUUAAUAUCUGACGAAGAAUUUUGUUGUAUAACUACCGAAAAUUGUACAUAAUUCUUAUAAAGCUUAAUUAUCCAACGUAUAUACAUUUCUGGACAUUAGCAAACUCUAAUUUUAUUUGCUAAUAAAGUUAAAUGAAAGAGUUUUAAAAUAGAUCUUUAUGAAGACUUGUCACAUUUUUUUAACUAUUAGAAGUUAUUACAUAACAUCACUCGUAAGCGGAAUUCCGAAAGUUAAUCGAAACCAAACGUAAAAAGUGAUGAUUACACUGUGUUAUGAUUCAACACGAUAUAGACUACAAAGAAAGUUUUUAUCAUAAACGAUAUCUUCAACAAAGUAGUAUAUUAUUAAAUAUAAUGUAAAUAAUUGGAUAUAUAUCAGUCAAUCUUUCUCAACGAAUGAUCCCCUACAAGCCAAAAAUCAUUUUGUUCAUCAAAUUUCGAUAGGUGGUCAAUUUCUAUAUAGGUCUUGAAGCCUACUUUUGAAAUUCUUUUUGUUUAUUAAAUUGAUAAUAAAGCCUGCAUCACGAAGCUGAUUGAGCUCUAAAACAUCCCAAAUGAAAGGUCUUGAGUUCUACUUUCGUAAUAAAUUCAUACUUUCAUUCAAUAACCAAAUGAUUUUUGGCUUGUAGAGGGUCAUUCGUUGAAAAAGAAUGACACACACACACGAGGUCUGUUCAAAAAGUAUCGCGAAUUUUGAAUUUUCGCGGGCUAUGUAUAUUUAGUUUUUAAUUUUUUUGUAACCUUAUGUUAAUACUUAUGUCCCUUACUUAUACUGACAACGUCGACCAUUUUUAAUGUUUUGUUAAUUUUUGGCAGCUGUUUUGCUUAGAUAUGUUUUGGUUCGUCUUCGAUUUUUGCCUAUUCCAAAAAAUGGAUCGAAGAAUCCGUAUCAAAUUGUGUGUGAAAAACAAAAUAAAUUGCACGUACGCAUUUCGCAUUUCGAAUGUUAACUGUGGCAUAUGGUGAAGCUACCUUAGACUAAAGCAACGUUUAUCGGUGGUACAAAAUGUUUUCAGAGGGUCGAGAAGAUGUGAACGACGAAGAGCGUGUCGGGCGCCCGAGCAUGUCAACAACAGAUGAAAACAUUGCUAAAGUGAAGAAAAUAGUAUUAGCCAAUCGUCGAAUCACCGUUAGAGAAGUUGCUGAGGACUUAAACAUAUCUAUUGGUUCAUGCCAUUCGAUUUUAAUCAAUGAAUUGGGCAUGAGUCGGGUCACCGCGAAAUUCGUGCUAAAAUUGCUCAAUUUCGACCAAAAACAGCUUGCGUUAACAUUGCUCUGGAGAUGUUGGACACGGUCCGUAACGACCUAAAUGUGCUCCAGACGCUUCAAGUAACGGAUUAUGGGUUUAUGGUUAUGAUGUGGAUACCAAAAAGCUCAAUCACCUCAAUCGAAGCUGCCGCAUGAGCUAAGACCGAAAAAAGCGCGCAAAGUUCGGUCGAAUGUGAAGGUUUUGCUCACAGUUUUCUUCGAUUGCAGGGGUGUGGUGCAUCAUGAGUUCUUGCCACAGGGUAGUACGGUAAAUAAGGAAUAUUACUUGCAAGUUAUGCACAAUUUGCGCGAAGCAAUCCACCAUAAACGUCCGGAUUUGUGGAAGAACAAAAACUGGCUUUUGCACCAUUUUAACGUCCGUACUCACACAUCAUUCGCUUGUGCGCGAAUAUUUGGCCAUAAACAACACAGUAAUGGUGCCGUAUCCACCAUAUUCCCCAGACCUGAUCCUCUGUGACUUUUUCCUGUUUCCAAAACUGAAGAGGCCCGUGAAAAGAUGACGCUACGCUGCGAUUGAGGAGAUAAAGACGGUAUCAAAGGAAGAGCUGAACAAGAUCACGAAAAAUGAUUUUUUUUAAGUGCUUCGAUGAUUGGAAAAAGCGUUAUCAUAGGUGCAUUAUAUCCGAGAGGGAUUACUUUAAAGGGGAAAAAAUAGAUAUUCAUGAAUAAAUAAAUACUUUUUGAAAAAAUAUAAAAUUCACGAUACUUUUUAA